AUGCGCCAGCAGCUGCAGGAGUUUGCUCAGCCCUUGGCAUGGGACCUCCAUUUGGCUGCUGACGUGACGGAGGCCGAGGCCGAAGGCCUGGCUUGCCUACAGUUCCUCAAGAGGACUCUUCAGGCCAUCAAGCCCGACGCGCCAGCGAUCCUCCUGUCGCCGCUGCUGAAGGUCCAGGAGUGGUCUGAGAGAGCAGCCAAGGCGCUCUUGAAAGCGAUCCUGUGGCUGCAGACGCACCCUGCUGCCACAGGCCGAGUCGUUGUGGGCUUCGCCAUCAUGGAUGAUGUGUGGCACUGGCGCGUGAGGCGAAUCCGGCACCAGUACUGGAAGCUAGUCUAUUCACCAGUUGACACUUCUGCUGAUGAGAAGAGCCUCUUCGGCGAGCCUUGCGCUCGUGGCGCCAGCGCUUCGGCAAGUAGAGUCUUUGGCACAGCAGGAUCCCUGGGAUCACUUCUGUCCUUCGUGGACGCGGACCCUGAGAAUCAGUGGAAUUGGCUCGUAGACCUGGACCUUCAGCUGCAAAACGCUGGCCUGGAGGUCCUGGCAUGCGCAGCCUGGGGCAUGCCGGAAGAGGACUACCUUGCAAGAGCUAGCCUCACGCGCCACCUGGCACAAAAGCAUCAGGUGGAGAUGGCAGAGUUUCUGGAGGGCGAGAGGCAGGUUCACUGCCUCCCAGGCUCCGACUGGUUCCAAGUUGCCCGCAAGGGUCUCGUGGCUCCAUGGUGCUUCCGCCGAGACGUGAUGCAGGCGUUUCGCCGGGUCAGCAGCUGGUGGAGAGGCUUGGAUCCACGCAACUUUGUCGUGCCAGAGGAGGGGACCUUCCUGGCGCUCUUCCGCAACGGGGCAGCCGGGAUCAUGCCCUGGGACUCCGACUUCGACGUGAAGCUGUACACCGAGGCGGACAUCACCAUGGAAGGCUUCAUGAACCGGACGCAUGAGCCGGCGUUUCAAGCCAUCGGGAUACAAGCUUUUGCGUACGACGGCUGCGGUCAGGACAACUACGUUCUUCUACGGCAAGCGAGCAUAGUGCACCACAUUGGCGAUGCCUACGUGCGAUGUGGACGACCGAGGCAUGAGCACCCCUGGCGAGCACAGCUGUUUGGAACCGAGGUGAGCCUGGGCGCCGACCACCUGAACCACAUUUUCUUCACCCGCUACAAGACGCCGGUGCAGAAGCUUUUUGGUGACGGCAUCCCACUGCAGUGCUUCUUCUCUGGGCACAACGCUUGCAUGCCUGACUGCACCAACACUUCCGCGCCUUGCGAGUUUCCGGACGACUUCGUUCACGUGGAUUGA